AGCCGACCCUGAGUGGUUCUUUGGGGGUGGGUUUGGACCUAGACAUGCCAACUUAGCAGUGGCGUCAAGUUCGUACGUAUGCGGCUUAUUAGAAUCUUUAUGUUAAUAGACUGUUAGGAGCAUUUUAUAAAAUGGAAAACGAUAUUCUAGACUCGUUGGAAGAUCUCGGGUACAAGGGUCCCUUACUGGACGAUGGAGCUCUGGACAAGGCUGUCACGGCCGGGGCUGAGUCCCCGGAAUUCACCGGACUGUGUGCUUGGCUUGUGACUGAGCUCAAGCUGUAUUGUAAACUGGAAGAGAAUGUUCACGCCACGAGCAGUCCCACCGAAGCAGACGGGUUUCAGCUGGAGAUGAGUGGCCUCUUGUCUGAGAUGAUUUGCCCCUACUUGGUCCUCACGACAGGCGACGUCACCCAGCGACUGCUGAACAGAAACAGCUGCUUGCUUCUCCUCACAUUCCUGAUCUCUGAGCUGGAGGCAUCAAGGAUGAUCCUGGUAAUCCAGCCUCAGAAGCAAGUUCAGGAGCAGGGGGGUAGUGAAGUCUUCAUGGAGCUGAAGGGUAUUUGUGUUGCCCUCGGCAUGUCAAAGCCCCCCGCCAACAUAAGCAUGUUUCAAUUCUUCAGUGGCAUAGAGAAGAAGCUGAAAGAAGCCCUAUCCAAAGUGCCACCAACACACAUCGGAAAACCACUGCUGAAGAGGCCACUGGGACCAGUGCACUGGGAGAAGAUUGAAGCGAUCAACCAGGCACUGGUGAAUGAAUACGAUGUGAGGAGAAAGAUGUUAUUGAAACGUCUUGAUGUUACUGUCCAGUCUUUUGGCUGGUCAGAUAGGGCCAAGGCACAAGCUGAAAAGCUGGGCAAAGUGUAUCAGCCCCUACGUUCGGCAUUGGCCAGCAAGACCACCGUCUCUGUGGCCCAUCUGUUUGCAGCGCGAGAGGAUCUCUCCAAAAUCCUCCGCACCAGCAGCGGGAGGAUUCGCGAGAAGACGGCCUGCGCCAUCAACAAGAUUCUCAUGGGCCGUGUCCCUGACCGAGGGGGUAGACCCAACGAGAUUGAGCCACCCCCCCCAGAGAUGCCCCCAUGGCAGAAACGACAAGAUGGACCCCAGGGAGGAGGCGGACAGCAGUUUGGAGGGGGUGGCAGAGGUGGAGGUGGUGGCGGUGGCCAGGGGGGGCGUGGAGGAGGUGGCCAAGGUGGCAAGGUUCAGGGGGGUUGGUCAGAUGGAGGUCAUGGAAGCUAUCAGGAAGGAGGUGGCCAUCAAGGAGGUGGAGGAAGAGGAGGUUAUGGUGGUGGUGGUUACCAGGGUGGCUUUCAGGCUCCAAAUUACCCAAGAGGAGGCUAUCAAGGUGGAGGUGGGGGGAGCUAUCAAGGUGGGGGGGGUGGAGGCUAUCAGGGUGGAGGUGGAGGCUAUCAGGGUGGAGGCGGAGGUUACCAACAAGAUGGCCACCACCAAGAGAGGGGUGGGAGAGGUGGGCGAGGAAGCCGUGGCAGAGGGGGUAGAGGUGGACAGGGAGGUGGCUGGGGAGGGCGAGGGGGGCAAAGCUUUAACCAAGGUGGGCAGUUUGAACAGUUCUUCCAGCAAGGCGGGUAUCAGUACAACCAGGCAGGGUUCAACCAAGGCAGGUACUACACGAGCUGAGAGCAGCCCCUUUCAAUACAGCAGAGCUCAUGUUAGCUGCAGACACAGGGAGCUGGGGGGGGACUAGAGAAAGUGCUAGCAGGAGGCUUCCGUAGCUGAUUGCUUUAUGAGCCAGGUAACAGUAUCUUCCCAUGAAUGCCUGAAGUGCACAUAUAAAUAAAGAAGACACUGAAUUGGAAGAUCUUGAAUGUUGGUGCUGAUGACAUCAGAAGGUUUGACGAAUCCUAUGCAAUCUUUGAAAGGCAUGCUGCUAACAUUUAAAGGUGGGGAAGCAAUCAACUACAGAGAACUUACCACAGGAUGCACUAAAACCAAGGGGUACCUAACCAUCUCAUAUUCAUCCUCCUGCUGGCUGGGCUUCAGUUUUAUCUGUCAUACUGCCAUGUUGGUACUUCCAAGCUUUAUCCAGGGAGGGGUUAUCUGAAAAGAUAAUACAUUGUGGAGAUGCAGCAUUUUGGGGGAGUGGGGCGUGUAGCAUUCUGAUAGCUGUGGUACAGGAACAUUCAGAACACCAACAGCUCUUCUUCUGGAAAUUUAGUCCACCCUGUAACUUAAAUCAAAAAAAGUAAAAUACUUGAAAUGACGUCUGUUUUGUGUUUGGAAGUUGCUUUAAUGGUUUAAAGGUCGAGGAAUAGGAAGAGUGAACCAUGUUGCUCUUGCUGACGGCCAUAACCGACGCCAUUACGCGUGAUACUGUUUGUCGGGAGUAUUGUGUACAUAUUUGACAGAGAAAGACUGCUUGAUAGUGUGGUUGAAUGAAAAGUGAACAAUAAAUGAAAAAAGUAAA